AUAAUUUUUUGAUUUUCCUUUUUGGUUUGGUCUAUCCUACUUUUUCUGGCUUCCAGCUGUUUCUCCAAUUGGGAGUUCUUGUCCUUUAAACUCUUAUUUUCUUUUUGAACUCUUUCCCACUUUUCUUCCCAGAAGGCUUCCAUCUUUUUGAUAAACUCCAAUUUAAGUUCUUCAAGAACUUGUGGCCAAUUUCCAUUUUUUUUUUUGGGGAAGCUUUUGGUGCAUUUAUUUGUAUUUCCUCUGUAGCCUGGGUUUUUCCUCCAUAAAAAUUAUCCAGGGUCAACCUCUUAUUCUUGUUUUUCUUGGUGUUGGGAAGUUGUUCCUGGCCACUGUUUGCCAUCACUAUGGUGGUUUUUCCUUCCCUUUCCAGUUAGAAAUCUGAGUGAGGAUAGCUGGCUUUCAGUGUAUGGAACUAAGGAACAAGGAUUUUACCUGAGACCAGCUCUCAUGUCUCUGCAUCUUCUUCUGUUUGCUGCCCUUCUCUGUGCUAUCUCCCUGUGGGUGCCCACGGUCUAUGCUCUUCAGCCUGCUGAGAUAUCAAGUCUAGCUGUUCUCAGGGGUAAGUCUUUGGUGUUCUUAGUCAGCUGCCAAGGACCUAGAGGUGCCUUUCACUCAGUCUAGAGUUGUCCCUUGCUCACUCACUGAUUCUAGCAUGUGCUGGCUCUGACUCUGGCUCCGUAGGUGGGGUGGAGGAGGGUAGAUCAGCUUGCGUUUUGGUGGAAGCUUUUUUACCCCCUUAUUGUGUGGAAAUGCCCAAAUCCUACAUACCUUCAAUGAUGGGCCCUACUGUAGACUCCCUUCAUUCAUGUGAAUUUGUUUUUUUUUUUUUGUCUUUUGAGGUAGUCUAUAUCGGUAGGUGCUCAGGAAAGGAAGAGUCCUGGGUCUAGACUCCCACCAUGUUUACCCAGAAAUCCCUGUUGUCUAGUUUUUAAAGACUGAAUUUCAUCCUUGGCAUUUUGGUCAUCCCCCUUAUGGUCUGAUUUUCUUUGGAGCUCAUCUUUCAUUUUCUUUGCCUCAUCUUUCAUCUCCUUUGCCUCAUUUUCAACUUGAUUAAUUUUGGCUUUCAAGACACUAUUUUCUGUUUCCAGGUGAUUUAUUUUGCUUUUUAACUUAUUUUACCAGUUGUCUUCAUUCUCUUUUAAUUGUUUUUUGGAUUGUAUUUUGAGUUCUUCCAAAGCCUGUGUCAAAUUUGCUGGAAUUUCUGUGUUUUUUCUUGGUGUUCCUUGAUCCUCCUCUGUUUUGUUUGGUCUUUGUUCACUGCCUGGAUAGAAGCUGUUGAUUGUAAUUUCUUUUUUCUUUUUCUUUUGUUUAUUCAUAUUUCUGUAAACCUUAAAAUUUCUUAGACUUAUAAAUGUUGGAAAUUUCACCAUUGGGAAAUUUCAUACUUUAAAAAUUUCCUACUGAUAGUCUAUUGGAAUAUGAACCCCCCCUUGGCAUGGGAGGGUCCUUCUCCUCCCUACUUAAGAUUACUUUAGGACAGAAACCUUUUGCUGAACAAUGGAAAGGGCUUUGACCUAUGCUUAAGCAUAGAACAGGAAGUUCUUUGAGUCAUGAUUGAUUUUAGAAUUGAUACAAUAGAGAUAUUUGGAAUGACAGAACCAGGUCUUGGAACUUCCAAUCUCCACCCUACUCAGGGUAACAGGAUUUAGGAAGGGCUGCAGCAAAGGAUCAAGAUUUAAUUAUUUGAGAAUAUGACCUUCAACAGACAUGUGCAAAGCCACAGACCUCUGGGCGGUCCUGGGUUAAGCUAGAGCCACCAGUGGCACAGGGAAGACAUGAACAGUGAUUGGUAGAUGUGAGAACUGAGGGGAGGGAACUUGGAUGGUUUCCUUAAAGAUCGCGGGGACUGAGGACUGAGGAGGUUGGAGAGGUUUUGCUCUGAGAGGUUGUGCUCUGAGAAGCUUGCUCUGAAGGAAGCUGGAGGUGGAGGCCCCUGAGGCUGUUUCUCCAUUUUGGUCACGUGAGUGAUAGGGACUGAUCUCUUUUCUUUGCCUCAGCUAUCUAAGGGCUUGGGCCUUUUGGCCCAGCCUAAACAGAGGGGCUAUUUAAGCCCUAUUCCCUUCUCUCUCUCUCUCUCUCUCUCUCUCUCUCUCUCUCUCUCUCUCUCUCUCUCUCUCUCUCUCUAAUACCUUUCUUCCUCCUGUUUGUAGUUAAACUCCAUAAAAGGUUGACUGCUGACUUGAGUUUUCAUUAAGGAAUUACAUAGCUGAAUUCUUUGGUGACCUUAAAUUAAUAUAUAUCAGUCUUUUAAAGUGAUUUCCUUGUCACAUUUCCUCCUUCUUUCCCCCCUGUUGUUGCUGUAGUCUUGCUCCUCUCAUUUUGUGCUGGAUCUGUGAGUUUUGGCUGUUUUGUUGUGAAGGGGCUUCUUUUCUGUUCUGCUGAUUGAUCAGGUAGUCUGAUCUUCUCCAGCUGACAGUAAAAGCUGAAAAGUAGCUGGGCUUCCUGCCCUGUGGUCAAGGUUGUUGCCUGUAGUUUGUGGCAGCCUUUACCCCUUGGAGCUUAGUCAGUGAGACUCUCAGAUCAGUCUGUGGGGGAGGGGUUUUGGAGUUUAAGCUUCUCUGCCCUCUGAAGGCUUCUUAUCUGCCCUUAUUGUUGAGAUUGAGCCAGGGCAGAGUUGAUCUGCAAAGCUGGUUGUGCCCUGAGCCCAGAACCUCCAGAAUGGGGGUGGGGGGAGGGAAGAUGGAGAGUUUGGGCUGCUACUCAACUGCCUACUGUGCUUCUCCUCCAGCCUCUCUACACCACCUGUGUUCUAAGCUCUGAGCCUGGCACAGCUUUGCCAUCAAGGUUCUCCCUCCAGCCUUGUGACCUUUCCCAUGAAGAGAUUCUAGCCACAGCUGGAGACUCAGUGCUGUAGGUAGGGAAGGGCCCUGGGACCUUCCUCUUUCCCCUUAAGCCCAUGAGUUCUAGAAUUCAAGCUUUUUUGGGGGCAUACCUUUUAAGUUGUGUCCAGUUCCCUAGCUCUGUCCUGUUGUUAGAUUUGGUUUUCAGUCCCCUGAAAGCAUUGUGUUUUUGAUUGGUGAGGAAAGGUUUACUGCCUCUAAGUUGCCAUCUUGACUCCACCUCCCCAAUACCUCUUAUUUUUAUAUAUUAUAUAUUUCAUAUAUUUCCUUACACAUUUGAGAAAUGAGGCCUUUAUCAGAGACAUUUGCUAUAAAAUGUUUUGAUAUUAUUUUGCUGCCUAUGGUACCUUUUUUAAGAAAUGUAGUUUCCCUGAUUUUCUCUUUUAAUUAUGUCUAUUUUAUAUUUUCUGAGAUCAUAGCUGCUUCUAAUACCAUAUGACAGGUUUGCUCCAUCCUUUUAUUUUAACUCUCUGUGUGUUUCUGUUUCAAAGCAUUUCUUUUCUAUCCAAUAUUUUGCAUUCUUGUUCUAAUCCAUUCUGUUAUCUGCUUCCAUUUUAUGAAUUAGUUCAUCUCAUUUCCUAUUCACAAUUAUGAGUUCUAACUGUAUAUUUCCCUCCAUCCUAUUUUCUGAACUGGUGGUCAGUCACAAGGGAGCAGAAGCCCUGGUUAUGGUUCCAAAACAAAGAGGAGUGAAUGUAACUGCAGGGGAAGUUGGACAUUUCCUUAGUAAAGACCAGAGAGAGCAGACCAGGAAAACAGUGACUAUAUCUCUGCUACGAUCACACCAAACUGGAAGCACCAAAAGCAAGCAGACUCCCAGAACUAGCUCUGAAAAGAGUAGUUUGAAAAAGCUUGAAGCUUGGAAUGGUGCCUUCUUACCACAGAUGGCGGAAAAUGAGUUCUUAGAAGAAAAAACAUUCAAGCAGCAUUGUGCAGAAUUUAUUAAACAUUCAGAGGAAAUAGGUGAUGGAUGGGAAUGGAGAAAUUCAAAGGACUACUCUGAUGGCUACAUGAGCAAAACACAUUUCCAGAUUAAAAAUGGGACUUCUGUGACUGAACAGCUAUUUCCUCAAGCAGAGGAUGACUUUGAGCUCUACUCUGAUGACUCUGAAGUGGCUGGGAUCUCUACAGCAUCAGAAGUGAUUCGAUAUGAGUACCAUGUCUUGUACUCCUGUAGCUAUCAAGUGCCUGUACUGUACUUUAGGGCAAGCUUUUUAGAUGGACGACCUUUAACACUAAAGGAGAUCUGGGAUGAUGUUCAUCAAUUCUAUAAAAUUCGUCUUCUUCAAGAGCCAUGGAGCACCAUUACACAACAGAAACAUGGAUCCUAAGCAUUUGAACAAUGUAAUUGGAAUAUGAAUGAAGAACUUGCACUGAAAUCUUUACCUUCUUCUCCAUUGGUAUUAUGACUGACCAAGCAGAAGGUGAAAUAGCAAAGUGAGAUUUUUACUUUAUACAAAUAAUAGAAGUCUGAAAUAAGCAUAUGAAUCUUAUAUAUUUUUGUUUUGUUCUUAACAUUUAGCUAGAUCAUCAAAAAGACGAUUUUUAUAACUUGGAUCCAGUCUAGAGGACUAUUACUUUAAUUUUGAUUCAUUCUGUUCCUAGGGACAGACAGCUGUUGUGUUUCAGCUGAAUGAAGUUCCAAGAAGGGUACAAUACUAUGAUAGAUGGUUCCUUGGGAUUUUGAGACCUAUCCUAAUCAGUCAAUACUUCAUUUAACCCUAGUGAUGUGUAUUUUGAUCUUCCUAUUGUCUUUUCUGAAUUCUUAAAUCCCAUUCUUGAUGGUAAAAACAUUACUUAAUGUAUACUACAAUAAUUUACUUUUAGCUUCCUGUAAGAUGCAUAAUGUGUACUACAAAGCAUCUUUCCAGUUAAAUGUGCACAUUCAGCUCUCAUAUCAAUGUGCUAUGUAGCAAAUUCUUUUCUAGUUUUUCUUUCAAAUGUUUCAAUAAAAAAUAAACAAUCCAGCCCCAACAGUCGUGUUGUCUAAGCCAAAAAGGUUCUUUAUUGCUAACUGUUCUCUUUUAGAGGACUAGUAAACAACUUUUGAGUAGAGGGAGUAAAGGAGGGUUUGUGUUCUUAUUAAAGGAAAACAAGAUGAGAAAUUCUCAAGUUAAACAAAAUAGUCAAACAGGCCUUAAUUAAUGUUUUCCUGGAUUAGAAUUUAUUUCUUUCAGAAUUUAAAAUUUCCCAUUAUACUAACGUAGAUUUUUUAUUCAAACAAGACUUUCUAGUAUUUUUCCUUUUAGAAUAGGAACAUAUAAAAAAUCAUAACUAGAAUGUGUUAUUUCUAUUCUUUUUUCAGUAGAAACCCACCUGAGGCCAUUUGAUAAUCUACUGUUUGUAACAAUGCUAUUUAAAUGCCAUUAACUAUGCAUCCUUGAAAAAUGACUUUAUUAGGAUUUCUUGGAGUUGUUUUUUUACUUCUGGAAGACAAAUACACAAAUAUUGCCUAUGAUCCAAACAUCUAUGGACCCUCCAUGGAACUAGGUUCAAAGCAAGGGGAUUUUCAGUGGUAAUUUGCAGCUCUGACUUACUCUUGCUUCCAUUUAGGAAACUGAAAACUUCUUUUGUUUUUUAAGCCUUCUUUUUAAAAAAAUUUUUUUCCCCAUAGUUAUUCUUGUUGUUUCCCUUCCCUCUUCCCCCUGGAUUAUACAUAUAUUAUCACUCAAAUUCUAUUUCCAUAUUAUUCAUUGUUGUAAUAGAAUAAUCUUUUAAAACCAAAACUCCAAAUCAUAUACCCUUAUAAAUAAGUGAUUUCUGUUUUCUUCUGAAUUUUUACUCCCACAGUUUUUUUUUAUCCAGAUGUGGAUAGCAUUUUUUCUCAUAAAUCCCUCAACAUUAUCCUGGAUUAUUGCAUUGCUUUUAAUAGCAGAGUAAAUACAUUUGAUCGUUCCACAAUAUUUCAGUUACUGUGUAUAAUAUUCUCCUGGUUCUGCUUAUUUUAUUAUGCAUCAAAAAAUGGAAACUUCUGAAGGAAACCUUAAUCUAAGUAUUUAGUUGCUUGUCAUCUUAUCAGACACACACAAAGACCAAAAUUGAUAUAGCAAAACAUUUAAUCAGAACAGAAAUAGUAAAGUAAUAAAAGCACACAGUUCCCAAAUGAAGAUUAAACCAUAUCCUUUUCCCCUGAAAUAAUUGGGGAAACAAGCCCAGGGAAAGGGCUAGAAGAAUGUAGUCCCAGACACCUCUAUAGACAUGCAUAUGCCAUAGAUUAAUACACAGGGCCAAUUUGACAUGGAACUUAGUGGGACUUGAAUGACUCAUGACUUGAAUAUGGCUCUAGAAGGGAUAUACAUUAUUCAAAAGAGACUAGAUAAAGGGAGUGGUAAAUAUAUAAAUAUACAUACACACAUAUAGAUAUUUAUUUAUAAGAAAAUUCAUGAAAGUGGCAGGAAAAAAGCAUUUAAGUAUCACAAAGGAAGAAAAAGCACCAUUUGUAAAAGAGAGAAUCUACACUGCAUGCAAAGGACAUCAUCUGUCAAUCAAUAAGUAACAUUCCAUUGGAAUGUUCCCAGGAGAAGCGGUUGGAUCCAAGCCAGGCUAAUAAAAAAUUACUCUUCAGCUGUGAUGGGGGGAAGAGGAAGAUCUGAAAGGGAGACAGUUUCUAGUACCAAGUGUAUGAGACAAGAGUGAAAAGACAGGACUCAUUCUCUUUUUUUACAUAAGUUUUCCCUUCAAAGGAAGGAUAUUUCACAGGAGUGAAAAGACAAGGUUGUUCAUCUUUUUAAAUUGUUAUCUUUUCCAAAGAGUUCUUCUUUUAACUGGGAAGGCAAACAAAAAUGGUCAGUAGGAAAUGGAACUUCAAGUGAGACAAUGUAGUUAUAGUACCUAAAAUGGACAGUCAGAAAACAUCUCAAUUGCUUCAGUGAGUUUAUAAGUCCUUGGGUCUUAUAAACCCAGCAGAUGGAAUUGCUGAGAUGUAAUUUUUUUCCUUAUCAAAGAAAUUUAUUUGCAAGUAAAUAAAAAGAUUCUUUUGCAAUGUUUGGGGAAAAAAACCCACAAAAUAGAUUUUUGUCUAUGUUCAAAAAAGAAAAACCCCAAAGUAUUUACAGAAUUGCACAAACACAAGUCAAAUUUGAAAACAUGCUUUAUGAUUUAGAAAAGGCCACCCCCUGCUCCUGAUGCAAAUUUCUGAACUCGAGAACUGGCUUUUAAAGUUAACCCCCCCUAAAAGAUAAGAAUCCAACCUCAGGGUAAAUAAAAAUAAAGACAAAAAUAAUACCCCGUCCCCAACCUAAAAGAAUGCCCUUGCACUAUUAACAAAUAUCUCCUUCACUGUGGCAUGAAUUGCUGAGUGAUGUCUGAAAACUGGUAGAAAGGGGAAGAAGUGUGGCAAUACUGGUAAAGAGCAAAUAUUGUACCAAUUUUUAUUUAAAAUAAAAACGAAUAGAGGUGCAGAUGAUAGGUCUCUGAACUUGACUUCUACACUCUGGCAAAAUUCUAAAACACAUCAUUGCUAGAGGGACAGAUAAUUAGAAAUGACAGCAGUGAUAGCUAUAAGCCAUAUCACUUAUAAAGAGCAGACUACACCAGAAAUGCCUUAUUUCCUUUUUUUUUCAUAUUUGGAAAAAUUUAUUGUGCUAUUCUUAUGGAUGGAAUGAAGAAAUAUGGGCUAGAUAAAAAUAAAGAAAGGCAGAUUUACCACUUGUUAAAUGACUGAAAGAGUGGUCAUUAAUAGGUCCAUGUCAACUGAAGAGGUGUUUCUAGAGAGCACCUCAAAAACUGCACUUGGCCUUGUACAUUUAAAAAAUUUUAUUGAUGCCUUUUUUAAAAUACCAUAGUCAUUUUUCAAUAACCCUUUCCCACCAUUGCUGCCAUUGAAUUCUUUUUUGUAGUCAGGAAUAAUUGUUAAAACUGAUCAACUGUAAAAAUGGAGACUUGAAGAGACUCCAAUCCCCAGGAGUCCUUGCUAGCUCCCAGAAUGCCCUCUAAUCUCACUGAGAGCAAGGUUAAAAUUUCUAUUUAACCUGUGUCUGUAAAAGCUACUGGGGCCCUUUCCUACUUCCGCUUUGGAGCAGAUGGCUCUUUUCAUGAUGUAGGUGAGGUUGAAUUGGGCCUCUCGGCCCACCUAGACAUGUGCUUUCUUAUUUUGUAUUUUCUUUAUAUUUUAAUCUUUAAUUAACCUUAUAAAAUAUAAUACUUCUAGCAGAGAGAAACUAAUUGUAACUCUUACACAACAAAUAACCAUGUCCAACAACAUUGUAAAAUCACAUGUCCAUAGUUUUCCAUUCCCUUUUAAGAGGAGGGAAGUAUACUUCAUUAUCUGUCCUCUGGGAUCAAUAAUGGUUAUUAUUAUGAGUUGGAGUGUGGCUGUCUUUUAGUGGUAUUUUUGUGGACAUAAUUGUAUAUUGUCCCCCUUAUAUUUUGCUUUCUGGUCUAUUUAGAAUUCUGUAUUCCCAUCCAUGGACUCAGGUCCUAUUGAUCCUCUCUAUUAGGGAUCAUGAGAUUUAGUCCCUAUGGUAUAAUUUUGCUCUUUCUCUUUCUUCUUUUUUUAAAUCUUCAAGUUUCUCUUAAAUCUUUAGCCCCUUUUGGUUCUGCUUUUGUACUUUAAUGAUCUCUAUUAUUAUUUUACUCCAAAACUCAAUUACUUUUUAAAAAUUAAAUGCUUUUUUCAAUCAAUGAAAAUCUGCCUUCUUUUCUUUCUGUCUCGCUUUACCCAUUCCCCCAUUAAAAAAAGAAAAAUAAAGCCUUUGCAAUAGAUAUAUAACCAAGCAAAGCAAAUUCCUGUACUGAUCAUGACAGCCAGAUAGAUAGAUAGAUAGAUAGAUAGAUAGAUAGAUAGAUAGAUAGAUAGAUAGAUAGGAUAAGAUGGUUAUCUAAAUUUGCAUAUAUGUAUCCCAAUAUACACAUUUAUGUUUAUAUCUCAGUUUGCACUCUUAAGUCCAUCACCUCUUUGUCAGGAGACAGGUAGUGUGUUUUAUCAUGAUUCUUAUAGAAUUUUAAUUAGUCAUUGCACUAAUCAGAGUUCUUAAUUCCUUCAGAUGUUUUUAUCAUAUUAUUAUUUUUGUACACAUGGUCUCCUGGCUCUACCUACUUCACUCUGUAUCAAUUCAUAUAGGUCUUCCCAGGUUUCUCUGAAAACUAUGCUCUUCUUUUUUUUUUUUUUACAGAGCAACAGCAUUCCAUCACAUUCAUAUAGAAUAGCUUGCUCAUCCACUUCCCAAUUGAUGAAUACCCAUUUAGUGUAGUUUUAUGGUUAGUCAGAAAAAAAAAAGAGCUGCUAUAAAUAUUUUCACAUAUGUGAAUAGACCCAAUAGUGAUAUCAGUGGGCCAAAGGGAGUGCACAGUUUAGCAGAUUUGUGAAUAUAGUUAUAAACAUUGUUAUAAAUUGCUUUCCAGAAUAAUGAAACCAAUUCACAGCUCCACCAAAAGCAUAUUAAUGUACCUAUUUUCCCACAGCCCUUCUAGCAUUAGUCAUUGUCCCAUUUUUGUUAACUUUGCCCAUCUGAUGAUGGUUGUAAGGAAGAAUCUCAAAAUUGUAUUAAUUUAUAUUUCUCUAAUUAUUGAUGAUUAAGAUAAUUUUUUCAUAAUUUUUUUCAUAAUUUCAAAUUUUUCAUAACGCCUUUAAUAUUUUGAAUUUCUUCCUUUGCAUGUUCAUUCUGUUGAUUCUUUGACCAUUUAUCAGUUGGAGAAGCGUUCUUAUAAAUUUGAAUCAGUUCUCUAUCAGUCCUAGAAAUGAGGCCUUUAUGAGAGAAUCUUAUGCAGUUUCUUUUUGAGAAAAAAAAAGCAUAUAGCUUAAAAACAUGAAAGAAUUGUUUCAUUACUUAGUCAUUCUAUAAUUAUGGCAUAGUUAUCUUUCUUUUCUUUCUAUUGUUUGGAAUGUUUGAAUAACUUGUUUACUUCUGGGGACUUUGGGCAGAAAUGCCUCAAAUACCUCUGUUUUAUUGAAAGUUUACCUUUUUUGUUGAUGAUUAAUCUGAACUUGUCAUGAUAUAUUAUUUCAUAUGAGAGCUGCACUUUGAGCUCCUUUGCGUUCCUUUCUCUUCUCUGAUUUAUUACAAAUCAAGAAAAUACUGAGUUACUCAAAUCAACCUUUAUUGUUAAAAUUGAAAAAAAAUUAGAGAAUUGCAAAUUAAAAACAACUCUGAGAUACCACCUCACACCUAUCAGACUAACUAAAUAUGCCAAAAAGGAAAAUGAUAAAUGCUAGAGAGAUUAUGGGAAAAUUGGAACAGUGAUACACAGUUGGUGGAGGUGUGAACUGAUGAAUAUUUUGGACACACAACACAUAUUUACCUCUUGUGGGUGAUAGGAAAUUUCAUUGAAUCAUUGCUUUAUGGGAAAAAAAACAGACAAGAGCCUCUUCUUACAGAUCACCUUGAAGUGUUAUGUAAAUGUUAAGCUAUUAUUAAUAUUAUUAUUGCUAAAAAGCCAGUAAGGCAUAAGUGAUAGAAAGCCAACCUAAGUACUUCUAGGACUACAAGUUACAAAAAAAGUGCCAACCUACUAUACACUAUAAUAGAAGAAAUUUCCUCAUCUCGGAAUUCUCUAUACCACUGAAGUCAUAGCGCAAGUCCAGCCCCUCUCCAACAUAAUGAUGAUGGUAGUGAUGGUGAUGGUGAUGAGGAGAUAGUUAAGUUCUCCAUUGUUAUUCCAUAGGUUUUUUUUUACCUUCUGUGGUGUUUCUUUUCUUAUGUAUUUAAUUUUAGUUACUUUGUAUGUAGAGCAUAAUUCUUUUUUCUGAUAUUUUCAGGUUAGAAAAGUUUGCAGAAAAUAACUACUUUACCAUUCUCCUGAUCUUGUGAUCAUUUCCACUAUUUUGAUUUUUGGUUUCUCAGAAUGGGAAGGAUACCUGCAAAGAGCUCAGCUGACUGUCUUUUCUUCCCCUGCCUUCUCCCAGGCCAGCCCUUGCCUCUGAUGGGGAUGAUUUGAAUAACUCAGUAUUUGAGUUUUCCUGUUUCCAAUCUUAUGCCACCUCUCCUUUCUCAGAGGUUUCUCAGAGCUUACAAAGAGUAAUUCUUUCAUCAUAGCUACAAAUUAUUUUGGCACUCUAUGGUAUCCUUUAUAGGGGAUACAGACUUCAACUCAUUUUUAAGUGACUAGGUUCUUUCAUUAUAUUUUUCAUAUCUUGAGUCCCAGAUCAAUUCCUCUUAAUUAAGUUUCUUCUCAUCUUUCCAUUUUAAAGAUUGUUCACUUUAGUGCUAAGAACAAAAAGUACAAGCAAAGUUUAUGGCUGUGCUUUCUCUCAAUCUUUUGAGAUGCACAAUAACAUAAUGGAAAGAGCCUCAGACAUAGAAUUGGGAAGACAGCUGGAUUCAAAGUUGUCCUCUGACAUUUCCUAGGUGUAGAACAUGUUGAUACAUGUUGAAUUCAUUAUAUUUUUUAGAAAGGAAAGCAAGCUCUGCAUAGAGAUUCACAGUUUCAUAUGCAAGCAAUUCUUUUCGUUCCACAAGGUAUUUUGGUAGACUCAUUUUAUUUGGUGUUCAAUUAAAAAAUUUUAAAACUAUUAAAAACAAGACUGUCAUCUUGGAUUUUUUAAUAAAAAUAGAAGUGAAAACUAGAGAUAGACAUAUAUAUGAAUAAGGCAUUUAAGCUUUCUAGGUCUCAGUUUCCUCAUAGGGAUAGAAAUAUCCGUAGUACCCACUCCACAGUGCUAUUGUGAGGAUGAAAUGAGGUGACAGGCAAAAACAACUUUGAAAAUCCCAAUAUACUAUAUAACCAUCAGUUUUUAUUAUUAUAAAUUUAAACCAUCUUCCCAAAGCAGUGUUUCUCUCCCUCUCCAACUUAAGGUUCCAAAUGUAAUGUUUUUAAAGAGAUAUUUUUGUCUUUAGCAUCUUCAAGCCACUUCCUGCCUUUUUUUUUUCAGGCUUCCUGAAAUCAUUCUAUUCUUUUUUAUUCAUCCUUGAUUAUAAGCCUGCUAUAUGUCUUUGGUACAUUUCCUUUUCAAAGCUAAAGUUAUCAAAAAUCUCUCUACAUAGGCAUAUUUAUUUCUUUGGAAGACUUCCAUUUUCUUCUUCAUUGGGAUUAUUUGUGAAAGUUGAAAUUUAAUUUUUCAGGAUAUUCUGCUUUUUUGAGUCUUUUUCCUUUUAGGAGUUCCUGACAAUGGUAUCAAACUAAUUUUUUUAAUUUAAUUUUUCAGAUUCUGCCAUUCUGUAAGCUAGGGUAUAUGUAGUUCUAGUUUUCCCUCCCCUUUUUAUCAAAAAAUCUAAGAUGACAGUCACUUUUUUUAAUAGUUUUUAAAAUUUUGAAUUGAACAAAUACCAAAUAAAAUGAGCCUCAGAUAUCUUGUGGAACAGAAAAAAAUGCUUAUGUAUGAAACCAUGAAUCUUUAUUAUGCAAAGCUUGUUUUCCUUUCCAAACGGGUAAUAAAUUCAGUGUAUAGCUUUAAAAGUUGUCCUACUUGUCUAUGAUUCCUGUUAGCCUUCAUUUUCUCUCUCUUUUCAGGGUUGGGGUUAGUAAGGUAAGGAGAGAUUACCCUAUACUUAAUUCUCUUCUCCCUCCUACUUCUUCCCACCAUUAGAAAAAAAAGAAGGAAAAGAAACAAAACCCUUGAAACAAAUAUACAUGAUAUAGCAAAACAAAUACCCACAUUGACCCUAUCCAAAAAUGGGUAUCUCAUCAUAUAUCUUGAAUCCAUUUUUUCUUUGUCAGAAGGUAGGUUGCAUGCUUAAUCAUAGAUUCUCUGGAAUUUUGGUUGAUCAUUAUACUAGUCAGAAUUCUUUAUCUUUCAAUUUUGUUUUAUAUAGACUGUUCUCUUGGUUCUACCCACUUCUCUCUGCACCAGUUUAUAUGAAUCUUCUCAGGCUUCUCUGAAACCAUGCUUUUUAUCAUUUCUUAUUCCUCAAUAAUAUUUCAUUACAUUCACAUGCCAUAAUUUGUUGUCAAUUCUCCAAUUGAUGAGCAAAUUACUCUCUUCCAAAUUUCUUUAUUAACAAGUGAAUAAGUCUAGAUUCAUGAUUUUUUUCUCAUUGCUUUUUCUAUCAUCUAAGUGACAAAAUUGGCAAAUUUCUGCAUCUUUUAGAAGAUUUCUUACCUUGUGGCAUUGUUGCAUGUAAAUAGUAUUUCUGUAUACUCAAGGCAGUUCCAAGUGACUUCUUACAAGGAAGUAAUAGUUUAGAAUGAACCCAGGAAAGUAUAUCUAUGAAAUAGGAUCCUGAGAACUGCCCUCAUUCUGGCCAUGGUAACUGUUCUAUCUUUUUACAAAAUCAUGAGUUUGGAGUAUUGAUGGGAGAGACUUUUUUUUUAAGAGAAAAUAUUUGCUUUCUCCUGUUUAUAUUCUGAAGAUUAACACACCAGUGUUUCCUCCAGUCUGGCAAACUUUAAAACUGAUAUUUCCUAUUUUUUUCCAGUUAUUUUCCUAUGUAAUAAAAGAUCAUUCUUUUACAUUUGUUGACUUGCUGUCUUAGCCUUACCCCCUGUUAAGUCCCUUACUUCCUUAUGUGUUUUCUCAUUAAUAUGAAAAAACAAAACUGAUUUUUUCAGGAUACUCCUGGAUCAGAUUUCUUCCAUGAUAAAUAAAAAAUGUCCCUCUUAACCCAUGUUUACCGUCUUUUAUUUUAUCUUCUCCAGAUUCUCUAGAAGUCUUUAUCUGCUGCUUGAACUCUUUCUCCUCUCUGUAGGCUUUCCCUCAUUUCAUACUGAUAAAACUAUGUUUACAAAAUUAUUUCUCAGAAGGUACUCCCCAUCAGCUACUUCACAGUUUUGCCCAGAACCAGUGAUGUUUGGCAAAAUAUUUUUAUUAGGUUAUGUAUUGAAAUACUUACUUAUUUCUUGAUUUGAAUUUGUUUUCUCUUUACUUUAAGAGUAUUCCAAAUGGAGACCUUUUAGACAUAUUCAAUAAAAUAGACCAUUUAGAAGAAUUGACAAUUGUGAGAAUUGUUAUGCCAAGUUAUUAUUGGCAUUGUAAAAUGAUUUAUGUUAUGCCUCUUUCAGUUGGCUGGAUCAUUUUAUAAAGGUAAGUUAAUGACUUAGCUGAAUAAAAUAGUAUAGUCAAGAACUUCUUUAGGAUGAAUUCUUAUUUUCCAUAUAUUAAGGGUAAAUGGUAUGUUUAAAUCAUUGGGCACCAAAAUAUGAACAUUGAAAAUAUUCUAAAAAUAGACAGUGAAUAAAAUAAAAACAAAAUAUUGUAUUUGGUUACAAAAUAGUCUGAAUAUUCUGAGAGUUCCAACUCAUUCUAAUUCAAACCCAACCCACCAUAUUUUUUUAAAUUUAUUCUCCAACUCUGAACAGUUGUUUAUUACAAUUUUUUUUCUUCUUGCCCUCAACUCAUACAUGCUGUUGACCCAAAAUUGUUUCAGUUCCUCUAGAGAGAAGUGCUGACUUUACAUAAAAUUCAGACUCACAAAUCUUGAAUUCAAGGGCACCUUUAUGUUUCAUCAUAAGUAAAACAAAAAUGUGAAAAUGGUGUAAUUUUACCACACUAAAGGCAAUGAAUAACUAAAAAUAAAAUAUGCAGAUUUAGAAACACAAUUUGAAUGUGGAGCUAUUUUUAAAACAUUGCAGAUAAAAUGGAAAAAAAAACUGACACAUGGGGGAAAAGUUCUUAGCAUCAAAUAUCUGAUAAAAAUCUAACAGAAAAUAUAUAGGGAGGUGAUGCAGAUAUAUAAGCCCAAGUGCUAAUCCACCAUAAAUAAUUU